AUGCAUGUACUACUUCUCUACGUAAGUCACUCGGAGCUUGGCCAUGGACCGCAUCAACCCCACAGCCGGCGACUUGGACCGGCUGGCAACAAUUUCUCGGGCCUCAGCCUCUCGACGUCGUCUCCUGCCUCCUCGUCCUCCUGCAAUUGUUCCUUCUUCUUGCCCGACGAUCUCUUCCUCUCUCCCCCCUCUUCGCCACUCCCCCCAAACCACCACCCCUCCCCCUCCCCACAUCCUUUCCCCGCCAAUGCCGAUUCCUACCAUCCUCGACAAUUCGCGCCGCUGUCUACGGCCUUCGCUGCCAUUAAUGCCGAUUCCCACCAUCGUCGACAAUUCGCGCCGCUGCGUACGGCCACCUCCGACAGCAGGCUGCACCGAAUUCCGGCGCAGACGAUACAGUUCUUGAAUCUGAGUCUGCUGCAUGGGGACUACAAAUACGUCGCAGUCUUCUUUCCGACGGUGCUCAACGAAGUAAAGAACCUGAUCCUGGAUAGGCACGACUUUCGCGUUCUCGAGAGGUUCAUCAACGCCUGCGACGAACUCCAGAGGGCGAAGCUCCUCGCGGCCGUCGCUGCAGAUACCCGCACGCUGUUACGCAUCUGCUGCGAUAAGAACGGGUCUGCGAUACUUGCGACAUUGAUAAAGUAUUCACGUAGUUGGGAGCAGAUUUCGCAUAUUCUACGUGCUUUGAGUCCCUUCAUUCUUGAUCUAGCAAAGGGAAAAACUGGGAGUGAUAUCUUGAAGUGUUGCCUGAACCAUCCCGAUUUUGAUCGAGACAAGUACAUUUUGCGACUUAUUGUGAAGAACUGGGAUCAGCUUGCAUUCGAUAAAUACGGAGUUUUUAUAGUGAAGCAAGUUGUCGAUCUUACGACGGGAGAAGAUGCAUGGCAGCUUCUCAGUGAAAUAACACAAAGCGCUCUCGAACUAGCACAGCAUCCAUCGGGGAACUAUCUCGUACAACAUUUACUUGAGAAGAGGAUUUGGCCGCUUACAUCUGGCAUAUUACAGACACUAAGAGGACAUUUCGCGAACCUUUCCACACAAAAAUACAGUAGUAAUGUGGUGGAGAAUUGUUUGAAGAACACAACAUCAGACGAACGUGAAAGCAUCAUCCGCGAACUGCUUUGGAGUCCAAAUAUAUUAGAUAUUUUCGUAGAUCUCUACGGAAACUAUGUUAUGCAAACUGCUCUAUCAGUCGCCAAGGGAGGUGUACAUAAAGAGUUGCUUGAUGUUCUUAAGAAGAACCUACCCACUCUAACCCAACAGGGGUAUUAUAGAAAAUUCAUCAGAAGGUUCAAAAAGUAUCGGAAUUAG